AUGGAAGAGAGAAAUCACUCGGAGGUGACUGAGUUCAUUCUCUCAGGACUGACAGAUCAGCCGGAGCUGCAGCUCCCCCUAUUUCUGUUGUCCUUACUGAUUCAUAUUAUCACCCUGGUGGGCAAUGGGGGGAUGAUCUUGUUAAUCAAGAUUGACCCCCGACUCCACACCCCCAUGUACUUUUUCCUUGGCAAUUUGUCUUUCUGUGAUCUCUGCUAUUCCUCGACAAUUGCCCCCAAGAUGCUGCAGAAUUUCUUAGCCAAGACGAAAAGCAUUUCUCGCACUGCCUGCGCUGUGCAAAUGUAUUUAUGUUUCUUUUUUCAAGAUGUUGAGUGUCUCUUGCUGGCUGUGAUGGCCUAUGACCGUUAUGUGGCCAUCUGUAACCCGCUGCUCUAUACGGUCACUAUGUCCAGGCGGCUUUGUAACCUGCUGGUGGCUGGGGUGUAUGGGGUGUCAUUGGCGGAUGCAACAACAAGCACGUACUAUACUUUCCGGCUGUCAUUCUGCCACUCAAACGUCAUCAAUCAUUUCUUCUGUGACACCCCUCCGCUGCUGGCGCUCUCCUGCUCUGACACCCGCAUCAAUGAGAUUGUGAUGUUUGCCUCUAUGUGCUACUCUGUAGUCACCAGCAUUGUGAUCAUUCUCCUCUCUUAUGUCUGUAUCAUCUCCACCAUCUUCCGGAUCCGCUCUGCCGAAGGUCGCCGCAAAGCCUUCUCCACCUGCACAUCCCACUUGACUGCAGUUGGCAUGUUUCAUGGCACCCUCCUCUUUAUGUAUUUCCGACCCACCUCCAGUUAUUCCAUGGACACCGACAAAAUAACCUCAGUGUUCUACACGCUUGUGAUCCCCAUGUUGAACCCCCUCGUCUACAGCCUGAGGAACAGGGAAGUGAAGGGCGCCCUGAAGAAAGCAAAGAAUAAACUCAGAAGGAUUUCUUGA